AUGAAGAAGAUCUUUUCGAUCGUCGAAGUCACCCCGGACCACGCUGAACAACUCAUUUCGAUGAUCCAUGUUAGUUCUUCAAUUGUCUUUUAUUUCCCAAUCAACUUCAAUUUCAGGAACUUGCCGAGUUCGAAAGAAUGAAGAGCAGCGUGGUGAACACGGCGGAGAGACUGCGGAAGGACAUUGAGAACAAGGCGGUUCAUGGUAAAGAACGCUAAACAAAAGUGGAAGACGUUACCAGUAAUUCAGGAUUCAUUGCGUUCGACGGAGAAGAAGUGGCUGGAAUGAACCUGUACUACUACGCGUAUUCCACGUGGGUCGGACAGUACAUUCAUAUGGAGGACCUCUACAUUCGUCCGCAGUUCCGUCGAAACGGACUCGCCCGCUCUCUGUGGAAGAGACUGGUCGAACUGGCCAGGGAAAAGUGUAUCGUCCGGCUGGAGUGGGCCGUUUUGGACUGGAACAAGAACGCAAUCGCUCUCUACGACACUGUCGAUUAUGUGAACAUGACGAAGACGGAGGGAUGGUACACGUUCCGGAUGGACGGCGCCGCCAUUAAUAAGUUUGCCGCAGAGUGAUUGCUGUUUGUUGUAUUUCGAAGUUGGUAAUUUAUAAAAGAAAGAGUUUUCCAUUUAUAUACUCUUCUUGCUUGAUACCGGAUUCAUUCAACCCGUGCAAAUUAUUUAUUCGCUUUUCAAAAAAAGCUUUUAGUAGUGACUGAAAACAAGUCUCCAGUUGCUGUCAUAAUCUUUGAUUCAUUCAUGAUAGAUGUAAAAACAAUACAGUCUCGUUAUCGCAUCUCUUAGGUCACGGUCAGAACACAACUGUAUUUUUCCCCUCAUGACCCAUUUCUUCCGCUGCUAUUUGUCCUUUUCUUCCUGUUUUGAAAAGAGCUUCAAAAUAGUUUCUCGGUGCAUCCAUUCCAUCCAUUUUUCUCUGCGCUCUCUCAAUUUACGAGCCUCUCGUGUAGCCACCUCGUGAUCGGCACUGAUUGUUGAAAGUGCAAAGAACGAGCAAAAGUGUAACCCUUCUGGUGGCGGCGAGAUGGUUGUUACCGGUUCUUCACCGCCAGCGAGAGCGAUACUGUCAGAUAGCCGACUGAGCUUUUCUCAUAGUGAUCGGUGACUGUCUGACUCGAAUUGUUCUCUGACCCGACCAUUCCGUCCUUCUUUCAUUUCAUUACAAUCUUGUUUUGUUAGUGUCCGAGUGCUGAUAAAAGAUGACAUAAAUAUUAAAACUUCCCGAGAAUCGGUGAGACUAUUUCGAAGAUUUGAAUCUCCCAGAUUCAGAUUCAUGCCAAUUGGCAUGCGAUAAGAAAGUGACGGUCGAUCGGUCGAUCGUUGGGGCGGCGGCGGCGGCAAAACAGAAAGUGUUUGGUUUUCUGCAAUUGUUAUCGUGCACCUCUCUCCGUCUCAUCUCUAUCUCAUAGUGUCCACCUCGGUUGACUGAUAAGACAAACUGACACAAACACCGUCUCAUCAGUUUGUUGUGUGUGGGUCCUCCGACCAACAGCGACCUCGCUUCUCUGUUCCCCUUGAAGAAGAACAAAUGUUCGUUGAAUAAUUAGAUAGAGCUGACUGGCUCCCUCUCUUUUUGUUGAUUUCUCUGUUCCUCUCCGACCGAAAACAUUGUCUUGUUGACAAGAGAAACUUUCGCGGACUCUCAACACUCGCACAGAUUUGACCUCGUGUGAACCACGUGACUAUUCGUUUUUUCACCGAAACAGCCACUUCUUUGCAAUAACAAAGAGUUUUUCCGCUGCCUUAUCACUUCAUUCCUCAAAAUCCUAGUUAUCAGUUCGGUUCUCCUCUUCUCGAAUAUCACUGAUAUCUUUUCCGCGUGGUUCUGUGGGCACUGGUCAGUGGUCUCGCACUCUGAUGAGUAGCGCCUCUUUCUUCCAAAUGGCGUGACCCCUCGACAUCCCUAGCUCCAAGCUCCUCCCACUUGCACGUUGGGAUCGUCCAUCUAGACUUCCGAUUAUUCUCGAAGUUUUCCCUACUUCGCGUCAGCUCAUCUUCUGCCAGCAGAAAGUUACCGUAAAAAAGUAAUCUUUGUCUGUCUACUCGUGAUACUCAACUCAAGUUUCAUUUCUAUCUGAUUGGUUGUAUUUACCGAAUCGGUUCACCGUCUCAAAACUGAAACGAUUUCAGAAGAAUAACAAGGAUGUGGUUCGCCCGCGUCUCUCCGUUAUUCGCCAUCGUCGUCCGACAUCGCAGUCAUGGCAGUGUCGUCAAGCCGCGCGAGUUCAACAAGGUACGGAAUUUGCAGAUUUAGCAGAAAAAGGAAACUCGAUAAACUCGGAAUUUGCAGGUCAUGGUGGCUAAUCGUGGAGAGAUUGCUAUUCGCGUGUUCCGAGCACUCACUGAACUGAACAAAACGUCCGUGGCCAUCUACGCCGAGCAAGACAAGAACUCGAUGCACCGCCUGAAAGCCGAUGAAGCCUACCUCGUCGGAAAAGGACUUCCGCCCGUCGCCGCUUAUCUCACGAUCGACCAGAUAAUUGAGACGGCUCUCAAGGUAGCCUUCAUUUGCUAAUCGAAAUCCCAUAGUUUCUAAUUCCAGCACAACAUUGAUGCUAUUCAUCCCGGAUACGGAUUCCUUUCGGAGCGCUCCGAUUUUGCAGCCGCUUGUCAGAACGCUGGAAUCGUGUUCAUUGGACCAAGCCCCGACGUGAUGGCCAGAAUGGGAGACAAGGUGGCCGCUCGUCAAGCAGCCAUCGAAGCCGGCGUCCAGGUCGUUCCGGGAUCUCCUGGACCAAUCACAUCUGCCGCAGAAGCCGUCGAAUUCGCGAAACAGUACGGAACUCCGAUCAUUUUGAAGGCCGCUUAUGGAGGAGGAGGACGUGGGAUUCGUCGUGUCGAUAAGCUGGAAGAGGUCGAAGAAUCCUUCCGCAGAUCAUUCUCUGAGGCUCAAGCCGCUUUCGGAGACGGAAGUCUGUUUGUCGAAAAGUUUGUGGAGAGACCAAGACACAUUGAGGUUCAGUUGCUCGGUUUGUUCAUUGUUUUCAACUGGUAGUUUUCAAAAACCCUUUACAGGAGAUCACCACGGAAACAUCAUUCAUUUGUACGAGCGUGAUUGCUCCGUGCAACGCCGUCACCAGAAGGUCGUCGAGAUCGCCCCAGCUCCAGCUCUUCCAGAAGGCGUCCGCGAGAAGAUUCUUGCCGAUGCUCUCCGACUCGCCAGACACGUCGGAUACCAAAACGCCGGAACAGUCGAGUUCCUUGUCGACCAGAAGGGCAACUACUACUUCAUCGAAGUCAACGCUCGUCUUCAAGUGGAGCACACCGUCACCGAAGAAAUCACCGGAGUCGACCUUGUCCAGGCGCAGAUCCGUAUUGCCGAGGGCAAAUCGUUGGAGGACCUCAAACUAUCCCAGGAUACCAUCCAACCACAUGGAUCGGCUAUCCAGUGCCGUGUUACCACAGAAGAUCCUGCCAAGGGAUUCCAGCCAGACUCCGGAAGAAUCGAAGUGUUCCGUUCGGGAGAGGGAAUGGGUAUUCGUCUCGACUCGGCCUCGGCAUUUGCUGGAUCCGUCAUCUCCCCUCACUACGAUUCUCUGAUGGUGAAAGUGAUCGCGUCGGCCAGAAAUCACCCGAAUGCAGCUGCCAAAAUGAUUCGUGCGCUCAAGGAAUUCCGUAUCAGAGGUGUGAAGGUAAGAGAAACAGAUUUGCCUCACAAGUAUCAAAGUACAAAGCGCACGAAUCGUUGUUUAUGCCGUUUUCUGCUAUGAUAAGAACUGAUAGGAGACACCGGACGGUCCUAAUGAUACUAUCUUUAACGAACUGGCGAUGUGAUCAUUGAGUGAACUUUUGAGUCUUUCAGACAAAUAUUCCAUUCUUGCUCAACGUCCUCCGCCAGCCCAGCUUCCUCGAUGCCUCCGUCGACACCUACUUUAUUGACGAGCACCCAGAACUCUUCCAGUUCAAACCAAGUCAAAACCGUGCUCAGAAGCUGCUCAACUAUCUGGGAGAAGUGAAAGUGAACGGACCGACAACUCCUCUCGCCACCAAUCUGAAGCCAGCUGUAGUCACUCCUCCGAUCCCAUACAUCCCAGUAGGAGCUCAACCACCUGCAGGUCUCCGCGAUGUUCUCGUCAAGAAUGGACCAGCUGCAUUCGCGAAGCAAGUUCGCCAGACCCCUGGAUGUAUGAUCACUGAUACCACCUUCAGGUCCGUUUGAGUUUCGAAACUUUCCAAAAAACGAGUGUUUCAGAGAUGCUCAUCAGUCUCUCCUCGCCACCCGUGUUCGUACUUACGACAUGGCCGCCAUCUCUCCAUUUGUCUCCCAAUCCUUCAACGGUCUCUUCUCGCUUGAGAACUGGGGAGGUGCCACGUUCGACGUCUCGAUGAGAUUCCUGCAUGAAUGUCCGUGGCAGCGUCUUCAGACACUCCGUCAGCUCAUCCCGAACAUUCCGUUCCAAUGUUUGCUCCGUGGAGCCAACGCCAUGGGAUACUCGAACUAUCCUGACAAUGUAAUCUACAAGUUCUGCGAACUUGCCGUCAAGAAUGGAAUGGAUGUGUUCCGUGUGUUCGACUCUCUCAAUUACCUUCCAAACCUUCUCGUCGGAAUGGAAGCUGUCGGAAAGGCCGGCGGAGUCGUCGAGGCUGCUAUCGCUUACACCGGAGACGUCUCUGACAAAUCUCGCGACAAGUACGACCUCAAAUACUACCUGAACCUGGCCGAUCAGUUGGUCAAGGCACAAGCUCACAUCCUUUCCAUCAAGGACAUGGCUGGAGUGCUGAAGCCAGAGGCAGCCAAGCUGCUCAUCGGUGCUCUCCGUGACAAGUUCCCAGAUAUCCCAAUCCACGUGCACACCCACGAUACUUCCGGAGCUGGAGUUGCAGCGAUGCUCGAGUGCGCGAGAGCUGGAGCUGAUGUCGUCGAUGCCGCCGUCGACAGCAUGAGUGGAAUGACUUCUCAGCCAUCGAUGGGAGCCAUUGUGGCAAGUCUCCAAGGCACCAAGCAUGACACUGGUGAGUACAUUUCCCGCAAGAGUACAUGAAUUAUGUCACCUUUCAGGUCUUUCGCUCGAUGACAUCUCGAAGUACUCCGCUUACUGGGAGUCCGCCCGUCAGUUCUACGCUCCAUUCGAGUGUGCGACUACGAUGAAGAGUGGAAACGCCGACGUCUACAAGCACGAGAUUCCAGGAGGACAGUACACCAACCUCCAAUUCCAAGCCUUCUCUCUCGGACUCGGACCUCAAUUCGACGAAGUGAAGAGCAUGUACCGCGAGGCCAACCUCGUUCUCGGAGACAUUAUCAAGGUGACGCCGUCGUCGAAGAUUGUCGGAGAUCUGGCUCAGUUCAUGGUGCAGAACAAGCUGACUCGCGAGACCGUCGUCGAUCGAGCUGACGAUCUGUCCUUCCCGAAGAGUGUCGUCGACUUCAUGCAAGGAAACGUCGGACAGCCGCCAUACGGAUUCCCAGAGCCGUUGAGAACUAAGGUGCUCCGCGGAAAGCCGAAGAUUGACGGACGUCCGGGAGAGAAUGCGAAGCCAAUUGACUUGGAGGCGGUGAAGAAGGAUCUCGAGGAGAAGCACGGCCGCCAACUGUCUGAGGAGGACGUGAUGUCGUACUCGAUGUUCCCAACCGUGUUCGACGAGUUCGAAACAUUCCGUCAGCAGUACGGACCAGUGGACAAGCUGCCGACGAGACUCUUCCUGACCGGACUGGAGAUUGCAGAGGAGGUCGAUGUGAGUUCCGAAAAAACACAGAAAUGAGCUCUUCACUUUCUAAUUCAGGUGGAGAUCGAAAGCGGAAAGACGCUGGCAAUCCAGUUGUUGGCGGAAGGAAAGCUGAACAACCGCGGAGAGCGUGAGGUGUUCUUCGACCUGAACGGACAAAUGAGAAGCAUCUUUGUCACCGACAAGGAGGCCUCAAAGGAGAUUGUGACCCGCCCGAAGGCCCUUCCAGGAGUACGCGGUCACAUCGGAGCCCCAAUGCCAGGAGAUGUGCUCGAAUUGAAGAUCAAGGAGGGCGACAAGGUACGAAAGCAGUAUAAAUCAUAAAUCAAUCAUUUCCAUCAUUCGCUUUGUCGUUUCCAAAAAAACGUAAAGGCGUGCGGAGGAAAUUAUGGGGAACGGGAAGCGCCGAAUUUAUAGUCUUCGCUGUGCCACCCUCAUAUUUUUUCCAGCUACCGGUUCGCUCAUUUCAGAAGGAUGUGUUAUGAAAAAACAACAAAAUGAAUAAUUUGUAGGUGACGAAGAAGCAGCCGCUGUUCGUUCUGUCCGCCAUGAAAAUGGAAAUGGUCAUCGACUCGCCAAUCUCUGGAACCGUGAAGAAGAUCCACGCAGCGCAGGGAACCAAGUGCACCGCCGGAGACUUGGUCGUCGAAAUUGAGCCAUAA